UCUGGUACGCGCCAACUUCCACUUGACGACAGAAGAGUUAAUGAAUAUAUUUGUGUUUUAGUUGACUGUUUCGCAAGAUUUAUACAUUCGCCCUCGGUGCUCAGCCACGUUAAGAAGCAGAAUGGGGAUUCUGACGCCUCAGCAGCCUGGAGGUGAGACCCACUAUCUCCUCUCCGGUGAAGAAUACACAGUGGGCCGGAAGAACUGUGAGAUCCUGCUGCUCAAUGAUCUGUCCAUCAGCAGAGUCCAUGCGCGAUUCGUCGCUACUGAACAGAUUUUGAAUGUGAUGGACUUGUCCAAGUACGGCACUUCAGUCAACAACCAACUUCUCAGCCCGAACACUUUGAAGCGCUUGGAGUCCGGGGACAGCAUCACAUUUGGGGUUUUCCACUCUAAAUUUAGUGUGGAUCACCAGCAGCCCGUGGUCUGCUCAUCAUGCAUGGACGUUGCAGGCAAAGCCGCUCUCUCUCAGGCUCUGCAGUCUUUGGGUGUUAAGCUGCUCAACUCAUGGAGCCCAGACUGCACCCACUUGGUCAUGCCGGCUGUUAAACUCACAAUCAAGACCAUUACCGCUCUGCUGAGCUGUCGUCCAAUAGUCAAGCCAGAGUAUUUCUCUGAGUUCUGCACUGCUGUCCAGCAACAUAUGGCUCCCCCUAGUGUUGAGAGAUUUCUCCCAGAGAUCGAUGAGCCCAGCCUCAGUACGAAGGAUGUAAACCUCACUCCACUUCCAGCCCGCAAGCAUCUUUUCACUGGAAAAACCUUUGUUUUCCUCAGCGCCAAACAGCUGAAUCGUCUGGCUACAGUGGUGAGCUGCGGAGGCGGCAGUAGUCGUCUCCUGGAUGAAGGUUCUCUGCCGGUGAACCUGCUGGAGUCACCACAGAGCUGCGUCAUCUGUCUCUCAUCAGGAAGCUCCCAAAAUCUGCCCCCCUCCUCCCCUGCUGAGUGGGAGAUGUCUGUGAAGAGCAUCGUUCAAAGAAAGGGUCUGCGCCUCAUCACAGAGUCUGAAAUUGGAAUGGCUGCCAUCUUUGCGUCAUGUGACAAAUACUGCAAUCCCUCCUGCGUCACAUCAGAGCCUGCUGCAAAGGUCAGAGUCCCAAAUUCAUCUAUGUCCCAGCCCAUGGAGGUGAAUGAGACCAUGUUGCCUGCAGUUUCUCAGAACAUCACAGCCUACGCCGUCAACACGGAGCCGUCACAAGAAAUGAAGGUCUGCAAAGAGGCUGGGAUCACAACUGUAGGCGAGACCCCAGAGAAGAGACCGGAUCGGUGUGACACUGGACACACAACACAGAAGAUGAGCAGCCAGUUCAUUGUGGCAGAUACACUUCAGUCAACGGUGGACACUCAGCUGACUGAGCCGAAGCCUCGGGGUGGAGCUGCCAAAGAACUCCACCUUGUUUUCACCAAGAAUAGUGACGGUGUGAAGUUCGUCCAGAAGAAAUCCCCACAGAAAUUUAAGAACACGCAGCAAACUUUGCCACAGAACCAGUCAUCUCUCACCAAUUUCUUUCAGCCUGUCAACAAAAAAAGGCCUCUGGGUGAUGAUUUGUCUCCUGUCAUGUCGGAACCAAAGAGGCCGGUUCUGGAGUCAUCCAGCAACACGCACAGAGCUGGUGUUUCUUCACAAUCUGAACCCGGGGUCACUUCUGAUCAACCUUUGAGUUCAGCAGCUGACCCGUACACGGAACCUGUGUGCAGGAAGAGGAAAGACAUGGAGGAGGAGAUCCAGGUGGAGGACCUGGAGUCCAUCAUGUCUCAAGCCUUUGAUGACUUCGAUGAUGAGCCGCCUGUCAGCCAGACGGCUCGAGGGCAGGUUUCACCAGAACCCACCGCGAAUGCUUCCAGAAAAAGGCAGCGACUUCUGCCAGAGGAAGAGAUGGACACGAAUGUGACGGUGAAAGAGCCAGAGAAGAAGAUCCCGAAGUUCAAAGAGGAAGAGCAGAGUUUCUUAAUCAGAGCGGAGCCGCUGCAACAGAAGAAGCCCAGGGAUUCACUUCCAACUGUCAGUGGACAGGAGAGCGAGCAGGCUUCUUCCAUGAAGACGCCAAAGCCUCUGAAAGAUGUUCCUCUGCUGAAUGAGUGGAAAGAGGAGGGCCAACUGCCUGCUCCCAUUAAACAGGAAGCAAACAAGACCAAUGCCGAUGAAGACCUCCCUAAGCAGCUGAUUCUCGUGGAGUUCCGGACUCUCACUGUGAACCCACUACCCAAAACGAAAGCACAGAAGCAGCAGAGCCUCGGCGGCACUAAGAACUUUAAAUGCUUCCGCAAGGCCUGUGUUCCAGGAACCAAGAGCUCUGUCAGCAUUAUCAGGGGUCCUGGUCUGCAGGUGCACAACCGAGGGAAGAACACAGAUGUGGAUGAGUGGCUGAAGGACGCUGCAGAGGUGGAACGUCAGACUCAGUUGGAGGAGCACGCAGGAGACGAUCUUUUCAGGUACAACCCCACCAAGCUGACCAAGAGGAGAUGAUCCAUGCCAGCAAAUCCGGGCGGCCUUAGCAAGGAAGAAGAAGUUGCAAGUUUUUAGCGCUACAUCAGGUGUAUUGUUGAAUCAUGUGACGACAUAAGUUUCCGUGCGAUUAUGAAGCCACUGACAGCAGAAUAUGUAACAGUUUUUUUAAUUUCUGAAAGUUUUAUUUGGUCAACAACAACAAAAAAAAAACAUGCACCCCUCAUGCACAAGAGGGUUGGAGCUCAUCCAUGUUUCAAACAUGUCCUGUAAAUAAGAGUGUCAAGUUGAAGCAAUCUCUCAGGCACUUUGGCUGUUAUCUGAAAUAAAUAAAUAAAUAGAGUGCCGAAACAUUAACCGCA